AUGGUGAGAACGAAAACCAACAUUGGGACACCAUACGAAUCACCAAUCACAUUACAAACAGACAUACGCACAUGUAAACGUAAUCAAGUAAACACAGAUAAACUUAUCAGAAAAAGUACAACACAAGGAUUCAUGUUUCAUGAUAAAACUGCAGAUCCUGACGUCGUUGUUGUCGCCUUUAGAGGUACCGAAGUCUUUGAUGCAGAUGCAUGGUGCACUGACAUUGAUAUCUCCUGGUACGAGCUCCCGGGCAUGGGAAAAAUACAUGGUGGUUUUAUGAAAGCAUUAGGGUUAUUGAUUGGUCAAGGUUGGCCGAAAGAAAUGAACCAACAGGAUAUAGUUGCGUAUCCAGUUGCGUAUUACACCAUCAGAGAAAAAUUGAGGACACUUUUGAAUGAAAAUAGUAGAACAAAAUUUAUAUUAACAGGUCACAGCAUGGGUGGGGCACUUGCAAUUCUCUUUCCUGCAGUUCUGGCAUUGCAUGAAGAGACAUUUUUGUUAAAGAGAUUGGAAGGAGUGUACACUUUUGGGCAACCUAGGGUUGGGGAUGAGGAGUUUAAGACGUUUAUGAAAAAACAGAUGAAUAAGUAUGACUUUAAAUAUUUAAGGUUUGUUUACUGUAAUGAUAUGAUCCCUAGGUUGCCCUCAGAUGACUCUACAUUUUUGUUCAAGCAUUUUGGGACAUGCCUCUACUACAAUAGCUGUUACAAAGGGAAGAUAGUUGAAGAAGAACCAGACAAAAAUUAUAUCUCAUUGUUGGCGACGAUACCCAGAAUCCUAAAUGCGUUUUGGGAGCUGUUAAGAAGUUUUAUUCUUCCAUACAAAAAGGGACCAGACUACUGUGAAAGUUGGUGGCUGAUAUUGGUGAGAUUUGUUGGACUGGCGCUCCCGGGUUUAGCCGCUCACAGUCCCCAGGAUUAUGUUAAUAUAUCUCGACUGGGUUCUCCUUCUAUUUAUGUCAAGCUUAAAGAGUGACAUUUGAAAAGUUUCG